AUGCUCCGCCGCCCGCCGACCGUGCUGGCCGUCACGGCAGAGGAUGUGGCAGCGUACGAAGAUCGGAUCAAAAGGCAACAAGAGCUGCAGCAGCAAGACCGGCAGCGGCGGCAGCAGCAGCAGAUCCAAAUUCUCCAGCAGCAGCAGCAGCAGAACCUGCAGCAGCAGCAACGACAGGGUGCCCGCUACAAUGGCGAGCCGCAAGGGGUAGCCGGCAGCCUUUACGAGGACGCGCAUGGCGUUCCAGCCAACAACAUCGGCGGCAUGGGCGGCAUGGCAAGCAUGAACCUGCCGCCGUUCUCCUCGUCGCCGUCGCCGCCGCCCAUGUCGUCCGAGGCCUACCACUAUCAGCGGCAGCGCCACCACAUGUCGGCGGCGGCCAUGUCGUCUGCGGCGGCCAGCCGAGCCGCCUGGCGAUGGACGCAACAAGAAGGCCAGCGGCACCACGAGCAGGGCCCGUUCCCGGGCGGUUUCAACGAAGCGGAGGAGGAAAGUGAGGGGGAGGAGGAGGCAGCGGCGGAGGAGGCGGAGGGCGACGAAGAUGGGGCAGAAGGCGUGGUGGCUGGAGACAACGACGACGACGACGACGACGACGACGACGACGAUGACGCACUCAAUGCCAUGGCCAACGAGCUGCUGGUGGACGAUUCGGACGACGGCGGCCAGAUGGACAUUGAGGACCAACAACCCCCGCCAGCACCGUCGCGAGCACGAGCUCAGCCGCGGGGUGCAUCUGGAGCGCCCGACACAGCAUCGACGGCAGCAUCAUCCCGGCGAGGGGCCCCAGGGGCCGCGACUGGCUCCGCCGCACGACGGACAGGAGCAGCAGCCGGACCGCCGGUACGGACACCCCAGCAGCAGCACGGGCCGUCGGCCGCGGCCCACAUGACGACGCCCCCAGUCAACCCGAGCCACCCACGACAGCAGGCCACCAACCCCAACGCAACCACCACCGCCACCCAGCACCUCGUCCACCAGAGCCACCCGACCUACCACCCCGGCUCGUCGGCGCCCAUGGGCCCGCCGCCCGUCACGCGCCACCCGCAUGCAGGCGAACGCGGCGGCGCGUCCCGGCGGACGCAGCAGCAGCAGCAAGCGGCGGCCAACACGACGCCCUCCGAGGGGCGCUCGACACGGAGCCGGGACGAGCGUAUCGGCGUCGGCGGUGGAGCGGCUAACCGAGUGCGGCGAUAG